AUGAAUGAGAAAUUGCCAGAAACAAAUUGCGUUUUUACUGGAGACCUUCGUGUUAACAACAUUGAAAGCAAUCUUUUCGUCUUUGGCUUUCAAUCCCCUGCCCAAGUGAGAGUUAUGAGAAUAGCUACAUCAUUCUGUCUUGACGCUACUCAUGGCAUAUCAGCAAGAAGUGGAAAGGUCAUGUACUCUUUAGUGACUCAACACAAUGUAACUGGAAAAUGGUCUCCUGUUGCUUACAUGGUUACAAAUGACCAGACACUUAUGCAUCUUCGUGAGAGAAGCUACUUCUGUCCUUUGAAUAUCACCAUUGACUGUAGUAUUCCCAAAGUUAAUGCGAUUACAUCUGCAUUUCCUCAUGUUGCAAUUCACUAUUGUGAAUUUCAUAUUCUUCAUGCUUGGCAAACAAACCUCGACAAUAAAGUAAGACUUGCUGCGUCAUUUACAUCAGCCCAGCUGGCAGCAUACAAGCAGAAGUUAAAGAACAAGCUGAAGUAUAUCUUGAUGGAGUCAAACAAAGAAGUAUUUUUGACAAGAAUCCUUGACUUCAAACGCGAUAUACCCGACCAGUUACACUUCUUGAGAUACUUCGAAACACAAUGGACUGGAAGCAAAGUAUUGCUGAAAAGAUGGGGGCGCCCUUAUUUCGAUGACUUGCAUAGAAGAUAUUUGACAAAUAACUAUAUUGAGUCAUGGUAUAACCAGCUUAAGACUAUCUACUUUGGCCGUACUAGAAUCAGAAGACUGGAUUGCCUUGUGUUUAUUCUUACAAACGAUGUAGAGUAUUUCUACAAACAAGAAGUGAAUCGUAUUCACUUAAACAAUGGAAAGAUGGGGCCGGUAGAAAACGAACUUGCAAGAAAUGAAUUUGCUGCAUCCAAGAUAGAAGAUGACAUACUCCCUUCUAUGAUCAUCAGUCCAUUAAAUGUGAUUAGUACUAGUAUGGAUGACUCUGAUGGCGAGUGGCAAAUCAAGUCUUUUACAAAUGAUACAACAUGGUAUUCUAUCACUGUUGUAAAUGAUUUAAUCGAAUGCUGUUCAUGGCCCAGAUACAUCUCCCAACAAGUGCCUUGCAAGCAUUUAUUUCUUCUCAAAAGAUACCGUAAGAUUAACAUCUUAUAUACAAUUCAAAGAGAUGCCAAUCAUUUGGCAAUGCAAAGACCAGCAGUGUUAGCUGAAGAAGAAGAAGUUGUGAUUGUUGACGAAGAAGAUGGUAGAGAAGAUGUUGUGGGUGCUCAAAAUGAUGUUGACACGUCUAUUACAGACCUUAUCACUCACACCAUCUUACUUCAUCAUCAAAGACUUGAUCUCAAACACAUGCAAACUAUUUCUGACAUUGAUGUGUCUGAGAUAAAUGAUAUGACUCGUUGUGUUAAAGAAUUGUUAGAUAGAAUAGAUAAUAUUAGAAAUAGAAAUAUAAAUAGUUUUAGAAAUAUAAAUACCCAAUGUCAAUAA